AUAAGGCGGAAAUACCCGGAUGUGCUGUUCUAGCGCCCCUUCCCCCUCCGCUCCGCCGAGCCUCCCUCCCUCCUUUCCUCUCUUUUCUCUCUCCACCACCGACUCAACCCACUGCCUCUUCCCCCUCCGCUGCGGACCCGACGUUACCGAAGCCACUGCAGCGAAUCCGUCAUCCGUCGACCGAAAAGCCCGAGGAGAAGAAAAUCCCCGCGACUUCCUCGCGCAGAAAAAAGCAACCGUCGGCGACCCCUUCAGUUCCGCGAGACUCCGCGCAAGGCGAAGACGAGCCCGGCGACAGGAUGGGAAAUGAGGCGAGUUAUCCCUUGGAGAUGUGCUCACACUUUGACGCUGAUGAGAUUAAAAGACUAGGGAAGCGGUUUAAGAAACUCGACCUGGAUAACUCGGGUUCUCUCAGCGUGGAGGAGUUUAUGUCUCUACCCGAGUUGCAGCAGAAUCCGCUGGUGCAGCGAGUCAUCGAUAUAUUCGACACAGACGGAAACGGAGAAGUGGACUUUAAAGAGUUCAUUGAAGGCGUCUCUCAGUUCAGCGUCAAGGGCGACAAGGAGCAGAAGCUCCGCUUUGCGUUCAGGAUUUAUGACAUGGAUAAGGAUGGCUACAUAUCCAACGGCGAGCUGUUCCAGGUGCUGAAGAUGAUGGUAGGGAAUAACCUGAAGGACACCCAGCUGCAGCAGAUCGUCGACAAAACCAUCAUCAACGCAGACAAGGACGGGGACGGGAGGAUAUCUUUCGAGGAGUUCUGCGCUGUGGUUGGUGGCUUAGACAUUCACAAAAAGAUGGUGGUGGACGUGUGAAGAGACGCAACAGGCCCUUCACUGAACACCCUCUUUUCACUUCUCCAUUUCUGAGAAUCAGCUCCAGAUGUUCUGCUAACACGCUCUCUCUAUCUCUAUCUCUCUCUCGCUCUCUCUCUCUGUCUGUCGAUCUCUUUCAAUGGAAGUAUUUCUCUGAAUGAUGCCUCUGUUCCCCGUCUGUACUCCCUGAGCCUUGUGACGCCUGCCAUCCUAAGUGUUAUAGAGCAUGAGAUUCUUCUGUCCACGUUCUUGGGUAUUUAAGGACAGUCAGAGAGACGAUUUCUCUGUCGAUUACCGAGCGAUUCAGUGCGGUGGAGAAGGAAGAAAGGAGGGUGUGUGUGUGUGUGUACGUGUGUGCCUGUAUGCAUGUGUGUACGUUCUUUAACUUUUUUUUGAUGGAGGGGUUUUUUUUGUAUUUAUUUUGGUCCUGUCUUUUUUUUUUUAAAGAUGAUCUAGGUCUACAGGGAAUACGUGUACGUGAGCGAUAAACACACGACUUGACACUUGAUUUCAGCGCGACACGCUUCGAGCAUGAAGUGCCAAUCCAGACAUAUACGUGGGAUUUAACAAUAGCUGAAUACCGAAACCGCUAACCGAUGUUCUUCAUGUCACGGGGAGAUUAAAAAAAGAAAAAAAAAAAAAAAAAGUCAUCGUCGAGCUUAUUGUUUUUUUGUUUCCACCUAAUAUCUGCUUCAGAUCUGACGCGAAAUCCCAUUCGAAUUUUCUACGAGAAUGUGUGCGUGUAUGUAAAAGUGUGCCGUGUUAAUAUUGUCAGGGAGUUCAUCUGCCGUCUUGCUUUCUGAUAUACAGUAGACUAGGAUUAAAAAAACAAAUAUAUUUGAAGUUGUGCACAUAUAUACACGUAUGGUUUACUUUUGAGGGGUCGGGUGGGGAGGGACGAUCAGAUCACACCACAUGUUACUGUAGGAUGGGACGGUGCCAUCAGUAAAAUUUCUCAACUUUUUUUUGUGUGUGUGUGUUGUGGAUUUAGUACCAUUUUACCACGGCAAACAAGUUUUUGAUUUACCUCUCGACAAUGUAGGACACAGUGCAUAUUGUGGCAAACUGAAUCCACAAUAACACCCGAUUUGAAUAUUUGUUUGUGGAAAUACAAGGUUAAUUUUUUUUUCCAACUUGACUGCAGGCAGCAUUGUAAAGACCUUAGUAGCUCAUAUUUGUAUAUUAGGGACUGAAGGACUGAUUGUGUGUUUUGGUUUUUUUUUUUUUUUUUUUUUUUCUAAGCUUUAAUCGAGUUGGUUCGCAGCAUGUUACCCGAGAGUGAUCGUCGAAGUAGACUAAGCAGACCUUGACUGACCGAUCAGUUUCUCUUUUUUCCUUCGUCAUUUCAAAGAUUCAGUUCAAAAAAAAAAAAAAAAAGAGGAGAGACCAAACCAGACGCUUUCAACGCGGACGAAUAAACUCGAAGCGUUCGGCCACUCCGCUAUUUCGCUUUUAAAUGUGAUUCUCCCGCGCAAACCGGCGUUUUUCCCGCCAGCUGCUGCACGGUGACGGCGCUUAAACAUGUCUCUCCCGAAGGCCGCUGAGGUCUUGUGAUGUGCUUGCAUGAUACGGGAGGGUUUCUCUCUCUUUCUUUUCUUUCUGUUGUGCAUGUAGAUCAGAUUUUUAUUUUAUUUUUUAUUUUCUUGGGGGAAGGGGGUUCUCUUGUUUACAUAUGAAUCGUACUAUUGAGAUAUUAUUAUACUCUGAAUGACAGUUAUAUAAAUAUAUGGACGUUGCCAAACUUUUGGUAAAUGUUUAAAUAUGAAAAUUAUUUUAAAGCGAGUUUCUUCACUACAUUUAUCCAUACAUAUUAUUAUUAUUUAUUAUUAAAAAAAAAAAAUGCGAGUUUUUUGGAUUGGUGUCCGUCGCUCCCAGCGAUUUUAUUUUCUCUCUUUAAAAAAAAAAAAAAAGAGAGGGAGUUAUGUUUCAUUUUUCUCCUUUUCCGUUCAUGGUUUGGUUGAGUCGUUUUGUACAGAAUGUAUGUUUGUUGCUUUCGGUUGUUUUGUAUUUCUUUAGCUGGGGAUCAGGCGGCCAUCCGAGUAACUUCCGCUGCGAGAGCCGCGGGGUUUUUGGACAAAAGGAAACGUACAAGUGAAUGAAAAAACGUUUCGCUUUUAGGUUUGAACGUUUUGUUUCUUUCUUCAUUUCUCUGCAUGCUGCGUCAUAUGCUGUGGGAACCAUUUAAAAAAAAUGUCAUUCAUGAAAACGAGAAAUAAAAUAUUUGAGACUUGUA